CACUACUCAAGCUCCAUUGUCUUCUUCUUCUCCCCCAAUUGUGCAAAACUAUCACUUUCUUGCCUUUGCAUACAAAUCAUGCCGACCACUUUCCAUAUUAUGUGACACACUUUGCACCUAACACUAGGUGGUGCAUUAAAAGCCAACCAAUAUGCUAGUAAUUGUGUGAAUUGUAGCCUACACAACAACCCCCAUAAUAUAUGGUGUAAACAAACAUAUAAUCGGCUACAUAACUUCCCAACCAACGGCACAAUUCUUAUCAAAUGAUCCUAAACUCAACGACUCCAAUUGGUUGGAAUAUUAGAUUACUAGACUAGUCAUGCAUCAUGGUGAAUUGGUGGAGUAGAUGAGCCACCUCAUCAACAUGGGCAAAGCGUCGAUCGCUAGAUCAGCUAAGUCGUUAUUCAUAAAAAAAAAGAACUAGUUACGAGUCGCGCUCGAUUCAUCUCAUAAUUUUAACUUGACUGUAGUGUGGUAAGGUUAUUCCACGAAUGAAUUUUUCAACUAGCGUACUCCACUGUAUAUCAACAUGGCUGCUGGCCGACGAUUCUAUCUCGAUGGUUGGUUGUAUGGAUUUUGGUGUGUGAGCUGAUAUAUGUUUGUCAUACUCAACUACAUUAGACCAUGAUUAUGCGAUAGGCCAUACAUGUUUAUUUUUUUGGAUCGUUUAUCAGCUAUUAUGACAUUGCCAAUUUUCUUUGAUUUGAGGAGAAUGAAAUAUUUGUGUUCUUUUCACAUAAAAGGGAAACAUGAAAACAUAAUCUCCGCUCUCUUAGGUUUUUUGUUGUAUACUUCGUGAUGUGUGAGCUUGAAACGUCUUGUCAUGCCUAUAGAAAAUCAAUUUGUUACAGGUUACAUUAUAGAGUUAGGAAAUUGUUAUUAUGACAUAUCCAGUUUUAUUCUAUCUAUCGGGAACAAAAUCUUCACAUUUCAACAUAAAAAAUAAAACGUGAAAAUACUGAAACAAAGAUCAGAGCGAAAUUUUAAAGAUUAACUCUGUCAAUCAUACUCAUUGGUUUGAAUUUGAUAAUUGGUUGUCACCUUUGACUUCACUAUCCUUUCUUAGGAUUCAAAUGACAAUCUGUAAUGUUCAAAAUCCCAAUUCAGAUCAUAAAUAUUUGCUGCAAAUGAUUAACCAAGAUUAACAUGGAGAAAAAUAGACUAAUUUUUAAAGCCGGGGUUCCUCACGUGUCGAUUCAGCCAAGAUCAUGUCUCAUGAUUAAUCAUUUCGAAAAGAGAACUUAAAUCUAAUCAACCCAAAACUAAGUGUGCUUAGUUGGAGCCAUAAAGUAAUAACAAAGUAUGCCCGUGACAAAAAGAAACCAAGGGUGUCAAUGCAUUUUAUUUAGAACGCAAAUUGACACCUACUCAUGUCAUCAUGGGCAAUAUAUUUGUCAUCUCGUAGGGCUUAGGCAUGCAACCAAAGUGAAGUUAAGUCAUAGUGGAUUACCCCAAAAAAAAAAAACACUUUUCUAUAUAAAAAAAAGUUCUCUAAUUAACUAAAAGUUUAAGAAAUUUUCCAAUCCUACCCCUUUUGAUAAUCUAGAAUGAUUCAUUCAGCGAGCUCGUGAGAUCGCGGUUGUAUUUACCAAUAUUGAUCAUCUAGGGACAAUACUUCUGUUUUUAAACAACGAUACCAAUAUUUUCCAUCUUCUUCUAUCCCAGAUUACCAAAGAUAUUCUUGAAUUUAGUUAUGUAUACCAUGACAUAAUAAAUGACACCAAAGGUUUGGUGGAUAUUACUUGUUUUAGAUUAUCACGAGACUAAUAUGUUGAUGUGACUUGAAUCAGACUAUCGGCUAUGACUGGAUGUCACGGUGGUCACCUUGUAUGGGUCGAUACACGUUUGGGUUGCUGUUCUGGGCCUCGUUGUAACUACUUUUCCUUAAUCAGAUAGGAUUAGGGUUAGACCACAUGAAGAAGUACUUAUGACUACUUCUCAUACUCCUCUGUAAUCUGUAUCUCCUCGAAGUAUAGUGAAACUGAUUCUCUCCUGCCCGUGGACUAGCUAACACACGUUGUGUUAUUGAACCACAUAAAUCCAUGUACCGUGUUCGUUCUUGUUUUUGCAUUCUUACUUUAUCGUUUUUUUUUUUUUUGGUUUCCCAAUCCGCAGAACAAGAGUCGUGACACAAUCCAUCAGAUUUAACGUGUUAACGUGCCUUAGAAAUCCUCUUUCUUCUCUACUCCACUAGAAGAUGGCUAGUGGAAAGGUGACUGCCUGUUAUCUUGUUAAGGGCAUCGCAUUCCCUCCCAAAGGUCCCCUUUUUUCCUUUCACAUGGUGGGGGUGUAGGGUUUUUUCUUUUGAUUCUCCCAUCAUCUCCCUUUCUCACUUCACAGAAAGCUACUCUUUUGCUAUUUUUUUUCCUGCCUUUUAUGUUACGCCCAAAUCCGAAGAAUAUGUUCCUCUCGAUCUUUAACCAUAUUUGGUCCAUUCCAGUUGGCUUUAUAAUGCAGUCAGUAACCGCCUCACCAGCCUCCCUUCGUUAGGUCAAUUCAACUCUUCUCUUAGGUCUUGCCGAUUUGGUUAUCGGGAAAUCGGGUUUAGAGACGGAUGGAUGUUGUCAUUCCGAUAUUAUUAGUCGACCAAUCAUUUUGAGUCUAGUGAAAAAAAUAAGCUUUAAAAAAGCUUGCAAAGAAAAGAACACCAUCAAGAAAGCAACACGGAUUAUGUGUGUCAACUGAGCUGCACAUUGAACUCUGGCUUCCAAUAACCAGAGGACAAAUGCUUGAUUUGAUACUAGGGUUGCUUGUCAUACACUAAACAAUUAUUGAAUAAGUGAACUAUAGCUUACAAGUCGAUUGAAGAAAAACAAAUAAAAGCAUCUUGAUAAACUUGAUCAAUUUUUAUUUCGCAUUUAUUGUUAGUUCUAAAAGGUUCAUACAAAAACAUUUGAUCGAAGACGUUUUGUUGCUCAAAACUAAUUAAGUUCAGUCGAAUUAAUAUUAGACUUGAAACAUACUGUAUGAACUAUCUUAAUCUCUUGAUUAAGUCACGGUCCAAAAAAAUCUCUUAAUUAAGUCGUAUAAUCUCAUAAAUCCCUUGAUUUAUAAAAAAAACAAUCUUAAUCCCUUAAUAAACCAGAGGGCCCCAAAUGGCAAAAAAAGCGAGGCACUUUUUCCCUUUUCAUUUGUUUUUUCCCGCUAAUUAUUAUAUUGUUAACCACUGUCCUGUCCACUCCCCCGAGAUUAGAUUACUCCCGCCAUGGAAGUUUAAUUAAUUAAUUACAAUAUUUUCGCCAAUUAAUAAAAACUAAACCUCGGCUCGGCGGACGCAACCCUUAAUCCAAAACGGACUUCCGCCUAAAAGCCAAACACUUUCUCCCCACUUGCAAAAGACCAAACUACCCUUUUCCCCGCCAGUUUCUUUUCCUUCCUCUGCUCUCUCCAUUCAUAACUCUCUCCUGCAGAGUAAAGAAGAAACAAGAAGAUAAAAAGCUCUCUGCCCAACAACAAUGGCGGCAACCACACAGUACAGCUAAUCAUAUCCUGAAUUCUCCACACUUCCCUUUCCAUUAUCCUUCGAUUCCAUUUUUCCAUGGCCGGUUCGUUGACAAAGAUUCACUAGAUGGGUCGAGUAGUCUCACAAGAAUCGGAGUCCCCAUCGUCGCCAUCGCCAUCGACGGCGUCGUCUUACAGUCCCAGGCAAGCCAUCGAUGUCCUCUCUUCUUUGGUCUCUUUUUCCCACUCGGUCAAGGUUUUCGCGGUGAAAUGGCAGACGAUAAGGCACAAGCUCGACGAGCUCACGGCGAGCUUGGUCGCCAUCGAGAGCUGCGAUUCCGAGCAGAACCCGAUUCUAUCCGCCAUACUCUCCGGCAUCAUGGUCUGCGCCGGCGACUGCUACGACCUCGCCAGGAGGUGCGUCGACGUGUCCUACAGCGGGAAGCUGCUGAUGCAGAGCGAUUUGGACGUUCUGGCGGCGAGAUUCGACCGCCAUUUGGGGAAUCUGUCCGGUGUCUGCACCGCCGGAGUUCUCUCCCACGGAGGGUUCGCCAUCGUCGUCUCCCGACCCGGCCCGAGCGCUUGCCGCGACGACAUAAGGUUCUACGUUAGGGAUUUGCUCACCAGGUUGAAAAUCGGCGACGGCGAGAUGAAGAAACAGGCUCUGGUGAAUCUGAGCUCGGCGGUGGAUGAAGACGAGAGGUACGGGAGAGUGGUUGUGGAAUUGGGGGAAAUCGUACCCAUCUUGGUCAAUCUCCUCGACUCGCCGGAGAUCGAGAUUCGAGAUGAAUCGGCGAGAUUGGUGUGCUCAAUCUCGAAUUUCGAUGCCCACAAGCCGAUCUUGAUCGGCGCCGGAGUAAUCGCCCCUCUGAUUCGCGUCCUGGAGACCGGCAGCGAGUCAGGUAAAAUUAUGUCCACCAGGUGUUUGAUAAAAUUAACCCAGAAUUCCGACAACGCAUGGUCAGUCUCGGCUCACGGCGGCGUCACAUCUCUACUCAAACUCAUCUCCGCCGCCGAUUCCUCGCCGGAUAUCAUCUCCCCAGCCUCCGCCGUCUUGAAAAACCUCCUCCCCGUGGAAGAAAUCAAGCGGUUCAUGAUCGAAGAAGGAGCAAUCUCCACCUUCAUCAAGCUCUCCAGAUCUCCCCACGAAGCCGUACAAAUCACCGCCGUCGAGUUCCUCCAGAACAUCGCUUCAGGGGAAGAACCGGUGAACCAAUCGGUUCGAGCCAUGAUCCGAAUUCUCGACCCGAAUUCGGCUUCUACUUCCUCCACCAAAUCUCGAGAGACCGCAUUGAGAGCAAUCGAGAAUCUCUGUUUCCAAUCUCGAAACUGCAUUUCCCAGCUAACCACCUUCGGAUUCCUGGACCCAUUACUCUACUUCCUCCGAAACGGCGAAUUCUCGCUGAAAGAACUGUCCUUGAAAGUCGCCUGCCGCCUCGCCGGGACCUCCGACGAGGCCAGAAAAGUAAUGGGCGACGCCGGAUUCACACCGGAGUUCGUCAAAUUCCUCGACGCGAAAUCGCCCGAAGUCAGGGUCAUGGCAGGGCAGGCGCUCCUCGGAAUGCUGACGAUUCCGAGGAACAAGAAGAGGUUCCUUCACGACGAUUCUAGCAUCAAGAUCAUCCUCCAGCUGCUCGACGACGGAGUAGCAGAAGAAGAAGUAGUAGAAGAGACGAAUCAGCGUGGUAGCAAGAAGGUUCUGAUUCAGAUUUUGAUGUCGUUAACGGCCAGCAAUAGCGGGAGGAGGAAGAUUGCAGGGUCUGGUUAUCUGAAGAGCAUUGAGAAGCUCGCCGAAGCAGACGGAAGCUCCGACGGGAAGAAGCUUGUGAAGAAGUUGGGGGCCGGCAGGAUUCGGACAUUGUUCAAUGGGAUCAUUUGGCAUUCGUGAAGAUCAGAAUUCAGAAUUUGUUGUAUAUUAGGUAAAAUUGGGUUUCGUUAUUUGUUCUGAUAAUUAUACUUUUUUCUUGUUCCAGCUUUCUUAGCUUUUGAUGAUCAUAAUCACAAUUGUGGAAUGUGUUAUUGUAAAGAACGAAAAAAAGAGAGUGUUCUUAGGAACUUCCGGCUUUCUACUUACUGAUUGUGCUGCAGAAUCAGAAUCGCCAUUUUUGUGCAGCAGCUUUUCUGUGUAAAACUUUUAUAUGGAUUGAAAGGAAGCAUCCUAAUCUAAUAAAAGAGAAGGAAGGGGCUAGACAGAUUCUAUUCUCUAGAGUGUCAAGUUCUGUUCUUUCUUUGAGGCAGACUUAUGAAUGAGAUUCUUAAGUUCUGUUUCCUGCAGGAAUCCUGAAUUUGUCAAUAAGGCGAGAUUGUGUAUUCCCAUUCGAAUUCAUUAUCAAUUGAUCGUCGAAUGACAAUGAUUUGGGUCGAAUAUGAAUCCAGAUGAAGUUUGGAUCGAUUUGGAUCGAAUUGAAUGCAAACAUUUUGUUUAUUGAGUCGAAUGUGAAUCCAGAUGAAGUUUGGAUUGGAAUUGAAUGCAAUCAUGUUGUUUAUUGAGUCGAAUAUGAAUCCGGAUGAAAUUUGGAUCGAAUUGAAUGCAAGCAUUUUGUUUAUUGGGUCGAAUAUGAAUCCAGAUAAAAUUUGGAUGGAAUUGAAUGUAAGCAUUUUGUUUAUUGGGUCGAAUAUGAAUCCAGAUAAAAUUUGGAUGGAAUUGAAUGUAGGCAUUUGGUUUAGUUUCGAUUCCAGAGAGUCUAAAUGAGAAAUAAGUGGAUCGAAUCGAAUGUGUUUUGAUCUCUCCUCAUUUUGGGUUUAUCAUUGAUGAUAUGAUGAUGUACCCAAUUUGGGUGGCUGGAUUAGAUGCCGGAUUAGACCAUUGCAUUGGAAGUGAGAGCACAUGGGGAAUGGGGCGAUGGAGGGAGAAGGAAUUAGCUAGGCAACAACAAAGGGAAACAAGAGCAUGUGGAGUGGUGGAGUGGGGAUUACAAGUAAGUAUCGGGAAGGGAAGGUGGCUAUCUUCUUCCUUUCUAUUUGUUUUGUUUUGUCUGUUCUAUCUAAUCCACCAGUUAGCCAGCCAACAAGCCAAGCCAAAACCAGAGAGAGAGAGAGAGAGAGAGAUUGGGUUGUCUUGUAGCUUUGUGUGCAUGAGAUGGAGCUUUCAUAUGGGGGCUGAUGACCAGACCAGACAGUGGGUUGAUGGAGGCAUUUAAGGUGCUGCAUAGAUUCAGCUAAGGAAGGAACUGAUCUACCUGUCAAGUCUGUUAUCUCAUCUGCCCUCACUACAAGCAAAGUGAAAGCCCAGCUCAGCUGGUAGUAUUAUGGCCAUGGCUGAGUUGGAUUGGAUCAACCAGAUGAAAACAAAAGCUCAUGGGUGGAUAGUGGUGAUCUGUGGAACUCGGUUGUUUAUGGUUCUGGAAUAUGAGUCAAUAUGGAUUUGGCUUUUCAUUUGAUAUUUGCAGACCUGUGAUGGUUGAAACUGAUUGAAAAAAUUGAAGUUUAUCAUAGUUUCCAAGGUUCGGUUUUGGACAAGUGAAAGAAGGUUGAAAAGAAGCCAACAAAGAGUCCAAGUUGCAGGACAAAUGAAACAGCAUAAAUUCC